AUGACAUAUGAAGUGGAGCAAUGUCGAAAUCAUUACAGAGUCUGGAAAGCAAAGAUUAAAGCAUUGGGUGACCUACACAAGCAGAGUGGGUUGGGCUGGAAUUCGGUGGAGAAUAGGUUCGAUGCACCCCAACAUGUUUGGGCUAAAUAUAAGAGAAAAGAAGAAAAAUUUUGGAGAGAGCAUAGAAUGCUUCAACUGCAUUUGGAUGUUGUCGUUUGGAUGGGGAAUGAGAUUGCGACGGGGCAUGGUUCUUUUCACCCACUUGAUGCACUUCAUAUUGAUAAUACAGAGCAUUCUGUGUCAGUUGAUGGUUUAAAUAGCAUGGACUUAGAUGUUAAUGAAGACAGUCAAGACCAACCAAAUACUAGUGGAAUUCAAGUGGAAAGUAGUAACCGUAGUGGUCGUAGGCCACGUUUAGAUGCCACAAGUGGUCGAGGGAAGAAAAAAAAAAAAGGGAGAGCGGAUAAGGUAGCUAGUCCUUUAAAGGUAAUAGCUGAAGUGAUCACUGAAAUGGUUAAGAAAUACUCACCAUCUGAUUUUUGUAGCAAAUUGUUUGCUACAAUCAAUGUAAUUCUAGGUAUAGAUUUCAAUAAGAAAGUCGCUGCCAAAAGAUUUUUUUCGGACAACAAGACCUUAGCAAAUAUAUUAAUGGAAGCAAAUGAAGACGAAAGGAUGACAAUAUUGGACAUGUAUUUGCCAGUUUAA